AUGUCCCGCGUCGCAGGCCACCCAGGCGUGGUGGGCCUACGAGCUGUUUUCGAAGACGACAAGGAGGUGCACCUGGUCAUGGAUCUGUGCGAAGGCGGCGAGUUAUUCGACGAGGUUGUGCGGCUCGGGAGGCUGUCAGAGCGCGACGCGGCGCUGAUUUUCCGACAACUGGCCUCCGGUGUCGCCUUCUGCCACUCGCGCGGCGUGCUCCAUCGCGACCUUAAACCCGAGAACAUCCUCCUCCACAGAUCAGCCCCAUCCGGCGCCGUCCCCGCAUCUCCUGCCGCAGAUUCCGCUCUCGCCGCGCCCCAGUCCCUAGAAUCCCGCGGUCUGACCGCGAAGCUCGCAGACUUCGGCCUUUCGAUCGCUCUGGAUAACGGACGUAUGGGUUACGGUACAGCGGGCUCGCCCUUUUACAUGGCACCCGAGGUACUCACUGGCGAGUACGAAUACGCAGCCGAUGUGUGGUCUCUGGGCGUGAUUCUCUACAUCAUGCUCUGCGGCCGGCCGCCGUUCUGGGGGAAGACCGACGCCGCGGUGUACGAUGCGAUUCUGCGCGGGAAACUGGACUUUUCGGGGCCCGCGUGGGCGGGAGUGUCGGUCGAGGCGCGCAGUCUGAUUCGCUGCAUGCUCCAGAGCGACCCGAGGCGGCGCCCGACGGCGGUGAAGGUGCUGAGUCACCCGUGGGUGCUGCUGCACCUCGCCGCAGCUGUUUCACGUUGGCAAGCUCGUGAAAUCGCAGCCAGUUCGCCCCCUUUCUCCCACUCUUUCCCCGCUCCCCCCCUUCCCCCUCCCCCCUUCCCCCCUCCCCACUUUCCCCCCUCCCACUCUCCCCCCUUCCCCCCUCCCCCUGCAGCGCUUCUGUCCAUGUCAGCGUGGGAUCGCAACCUGUUCGUCCCCUUUCUCCCACUCUUUCCCCCUCCCCGUUCCCCCCUUCCCCCUUCCCCUCUUCCCCCCUUUUUCCGCCCUCCCCCUGCAGCGCUGCUGGCCAUGUCAGCGUGGGACCGCAGCCAGUUCGCCGCCCACUCUGAGAAGAGAGCACUGCAGCUGGGGGCGGAGGAAGUUUGCCGCCCACAUGGACAAGAGAGCGCUGCAGCUGGGGGCGGGCGGAGGAAGGUGAGGGAGAGAGUGAGAGGAUGGGUGGGAUGGGGCCUUGAGGGGAGAAGGGGGCGGCCGAGGGAGGGAGAGAGAGUGAGGGGAUGGGCGUGA